CGACACUUAGUCUUACUGUGUUGCAAUUUUAAGUAGUACACGUAAACGAUUUUCAGGUGCGCGUGAUGGAUUUAAAGCAACGAUUUUUAUUUUUUUUCAUUACUUGUCUACGCAUUAAACGAGAUAUCAUUCAUUGCAUAACACGCAGUUUUUCGAGGGGGUCCUCAAGGAAAAUCACCCGAUAUCAAACAAACAUGGCACCGGGCCAUUGUAAUCAAAACGGCCCACAACUCAUUCGACCUCGCAUUUACGAUACGGCACGUUAUCGGACGCGAACCUAUAAAUACAAGUUCCGUUAUCGCCGUUACAACUGAACUCGACCGGAGUUGGUUUUGAGAGCAUAUUGCAUUGUGUUUUGGAAGUGUUAUGGUCUUAUUUAGUUUCUGCAACAACACCAACGACAGAAGCUUUAUGAUGGGAUACGAAGUAUUCGACCCCGAAACGGGGGAAGUUCCGUUUUAUUCCGCUGUAAAUUCCGAAACGGGAGAAGUUGAAAUUUGCGAUCUUCACGAUGAAAACGAUAAUAUUACAAGAGGAACGUUUAAAAUUCCUCAAUCUUACUUCGAACAUAUUUUAAAUGAUAAUGAAGGAAACAUUAAUGAAAUGGCAAGGUUAUUAUUUAUGUCGCCAAAUCGAUUAGGAUGGAAUAUAAUUGAUCCUCAAGAUUAUCAAUGUGAUGAUUAUCAAAGUAAUGAUUAUCAAUAUGAUUGUGAAGAUAAUAUAGAAGAAAAACAAAACGAGUCUAAUUCAGAAAAGAAGAAAGAUAAUACAAUAGUUCAUCCCCUUAUAGACCCUGUCAUUCAAUACACGUUAAACGUUGUAAACGUUGCAUUUUACUUAGGGAAGCAAUAUCAAAGACCGUCGUUAAAGAAAUUAAAAAUAAGCGACAUCUACUAUCAGAGCUUGUUAAAAAGUUUUUUUAGGCAUCUUGUUCCAUUUAUGUCGAAUAAUCACUUAAAAAGGAAAGGAAUUAAAUACGGACUUCAUUGCGUAAAGAGAAUUAGGGUAUUUUGACUUGCUUUUUUUUUGUGGUAGUAUUCUCAAUUAUUUAUGAAAGACUGAUAUGAGCCGUUUGCGUCAAGUUGAUGAACCUUGCGCUCAGAUAAUUUUAAUUUAGAACAGAUAAGAUUGACCUAAACAGAAAUAAAGAGAAAUACGAAUAUCUCGAUUCGUGUUUUUUAUUAUUAUUAUCACGGAGUAUUAAGUUAUUUUACAUAUUGUAUUGUUCCUUUUAUAUGUAUUAAUAAAAUGUUAUUGUUCGAUAAAAUUAAUAUAACAAUUUAAGAACAAUUACUUAAUUGAAAAAUAAAUGAUUAUUUAAUGUAUUGUGUUUUUCCUAAGCAGAAAUUAUACAAUAAAGCCAUUAUAGAUGCUAUUUGAUGUAAUUCGUAAUCAAUUUUAAUAAUUUAGUUAUAUUAUAACGUGAUAAUUACAUGUAGUGUAUGCUAUUGUGAUUGAAUAAUAAACAUUAAUUAUAAUACCGAUAAUAAAUUAUGUAGGAGGUUUGUAGCUUAAAGCUUCAACCCCACUAAUCCUAUUAGUGACAUAUAAAUAAAUGUCUUACUCAUCUUUGUAAUAGAUAACUAAGUAUUUUUUCUAAUAAAUUCAUGGUAAUCCGUA